AAUUGGAGUACAAGAGGUCAAUCACGGUGGAUAGUUCAAAGGGCAUUCAGACGAUGUUGCUAUGGAAACAAUGAAUUUCAAAGAAGCUGUACACACACGGAGCUAGACUGCUGAUUAUGUCGUCUACUGUACACUCACUAACUAGUAGUCCAUCCACUGGAGACAUUAUUGAAAAGAGGCUUGAGCUGAAGCAUGGUCUCCUCCCUGACUACCAUUGCAGAAUAGCCGCUCACAUAAAGUCUGUCAUAUUCCAUCCUCGGACCCAAUCGACAAUCGUACACCACACUAAAGGGUUCGCUGUGUACAGCCGAGGCAGGCUGGAGAAAAGUGCUGAUUUUGCAGAUCUGGCAAAGCGUGUGGAUAAGUUAUUGUAUGAUGAAGUUCAUCGUGUGUACGUGGGCGUGACAGAAGAAGCCCUGUUGUUGAUAAACACUGAGUUCCAAUGCGUGUACGAGUGUGUCGUAGAGAGGAGCGUACUACAUGCUGUUAUUAACCCUUGGACAGGGGAGGUCAUCACUGGUGGACCUGGACACAUCACUAGCUACAGUUUCAGACGCGGUGGUAUAGUACUCUCUCCUGCUCUAGUCCUCACGGAGGAACUGUCGGCAGCUGAUGAGGUGACGCUGGUGCAUGUUGAAGAUGUCCCAGGGAUUGCUCAACGAUGCUUUGCUGUCCUCGACACAGGUGUUAAAGUAUACCUGCUAAGCCUUGAGAAGCUGCUAGCUAGUCGGACUGACCUCCACGCACAGCCCAUAUCAGCUCUCCUGUUCUUUAGACCAUUGCGAUUACUCGUUACCGCAGCCAAGGAUGGAGCUAUCAAGGUAUGGGACUCUAGCUGGAACUUAGUGUGUACGUUUGUGGGGCACAGUGGGUGUGUGACAAGUCUCACCCCUCACCCAUAUGGCCCCAUGAUCGUCAGUGGCUCCACAGAUACCUCGCUCAGAGUCUGGAACCUAUCCCUUUGUGAUCAGGUCGAAAUUCUCCCUCACUCUACGCCAGUAGUGGGUGUGGUUUGCAUCCCAGGUGUGCACCACCUCCUGUCCUAUUCCAGUCGUCAGCUCAAGGCAUGGAGAGUGCAACAACUCUAUACUAAAUGCUCCCUCACUGGACCUGUGACCUCCCUCACUCCCACCACACACCCACUUGUACCUGUACGAGUACUCGCCUCCUGUGCUGACUCUGCAGUCCGUGUGGUGUCCCCUCUGACUGGUCAGCUCAUCACUACAGCUCUACUGGAUAUUGGGAGGACCAUCAUCUCCCUAGCUUACUUCUCAUUCAACGAGGUGCUUCAUGUGCUGGAUGCUGAUGGAACUGUGUGUGUGUACAACACACGCACCAACCCCUCCACUCUGCUCAGCUCCUGGACAGCCCCUACUGACAAUAGUAUCGGAGUCUACAGCUGUCUGGCCAUGUAUGAGGACGCUUGCAAUGACGAGGAUAUAGAAGAAAUUUUAAAAUCUGACAAGUGGUUGGGGGUGACUCUAGAAGCCAGGGCGCUCAGUCAUGUGACUUCAAAGGAGGAGAAUCCCCUGGAUAAGAGACGAGAAGGUUAUUGUUUGCUGGUGGCUGCUACUAGUACAGGGUGUCUGGCUAUUGUGAGCAGUGAGGGAGAGGUGGUGUACAGUAUCCAGAGCCCAAACAGUGGAGCAGUCACUAAGGUGGUCUGUAAUCCUCACAAGAGCCAAGUUGUCUCUGCAGGGCAAGAGGGCAGUUUGGACGUGUGGAAAGUGCACCCUCAUACGAUAGAACCUCUCUCGCACAUCCUCUCCUUUUCAUUGCCUACCUCCGUCUCUCCCUGUGCCAUGGUAAUCACUAGAGAUCGCCUGGCUGUAGCCUCCAACAACCCACAGAUGGCCAGCUACUCUCUAGACAUGUUUGAUCUCACUGAGAGAGUGUCGUACACUAGCCAGGUUGAGAGCAGUCAUCGUGACUCCAUCACUUGUCUGGAUGCUUGUCCCAAACUGCGCCUGUUUGCCUCCUCCUCUCUGGACUCAACUGUCCGUGUAUGGAGUGAUGACAACCACCCGGUGCGUGUGCUGUGCCUGGACUACCCUCCCACUGGACUAGCCUUCUGCUCUACCCAGGCCCACAUCAUGAUAGCCAUACACAGCCAUCUGCACAUCAUCAACAACACUGAGUAUAUGAACGAGGCUCUGCGUAACGUGUUAGUCUCUACGCGGUUCUCAGAUACAGUGCCUGAGGUGGAACGGGAAUGGACUGUCCCCAUACACUCGUUACCGGCACUAGACAGAGAGAGAUUAGAGCUGGUCGAUAACACCAUAUCACAGGAUGAUUACAAAGGAGCCUUGUCUGCGGAGGAGAUGGCAUUGCUGGAAGAGGCGGGUCAACGGAAGGCACUCUGUCUAGAGGCUAUAGCUGCACGAGAGGCUGAGAUCAGAGGUAUUAGAGAUGGGGACAUCAAGGCCUCUACCAAGACUGGUAGCAGUGGUGACCCCCUCAAAGGCAAGGAGAGAGAGAGGUUUUGGAGGGAGCUACUAGCGUUACUCAGACCAGGGGAACCUCGACUACACAUUAAAGUGUCUCAGGAAGACACCUUUGACCCUGACGGACCACCAGCUAGGCCAGAAACUCGCGAUGCUCCGUAUGUAAAGGCACCUCGUUUCAAGUUCUUUCCUCCUCUGGCGACCUUUGACCCUCCGUACCCCCUAGCCCCUGACGGCUACCUGCCUAACUCAGUAUUAUUGACUGCACUGCGUAAGAGUGCCGCUGAUCAAGCACUAGCCCUCGACUGGACCCCACCCUCCGUCUCAGAUAAAUUGAGUAGACUACUGCAAGAAAUAGAAGAGUCUGUGGAGGAUGAGACUGAAUCAGAACAUGACGAUGAUCUGUUGUCACGACUACAGGCAGCAAUGUCCGCUAAUUAUCACUCUCCCACCCCCUCACCAACUCCACCCCCCACACCUCCACCACCCUCACCGCCUCUCAAGAAAGUCCUCACUCCCAAAAAACCUAUUCAGAAACUAAUAGCACCCAAAGCACCUCCUCCUAAACCACCUCGUACACCAACUCCACCCCCUCCCAAGAGUCCAACUCCUCCCCCCACACCCCCACCACCACCCACACCACUACCAGAGUUCAUUGCCCAGUUCAUCGGUCAGAGCUGGUUUGACAAACUCUUCCCCAGUGCCAGCUCCAAGACGUUCACUAAACCAUGGACAGUUAGCAAGUUUGUGUACUCCCUCCUGAAUCAACUGAACCAAUCACACGACUCUGACACCAAGACCCACAUCUGUUCGGCACUACUGAAGUUGGUCCUUCAACACAGUCCAGGGAACAAGACAGAUAUCUACAAUGCUGUACUUCCCGUGCUGACCACGCCUCCAUUCCCCUCUUCUCUCAAUAUGACAGAGCGUCCUCUUGUACUCGCAGCUCUGAAAUUACUGUUCCAACUAACGGAAUUCGACUCACGGCUAAUGGAACUCAUGAUGACUCACUAUAUACUAGGGGACGCAGAAAUUCGUCGACUGGUGGCCAAUCAACUAAGCUCCAAAGGAUUGGUCGAUCCCGACGGUUUCUUCGAGCGUAUGCUUGGGAGUGCGGGGGCGGGGACGGGUGAAGGGGUGGAUGAUGUGAUAAUGUGGAGCGAGGGAUGGCUGAACGAGUGGGCGGAGCAACUAGCCACGUCCAAGGGAGCCACACUGUCCAGAGGAAGUGUACCAGCAAAGAGGUCCCUGAAAUCCACCAGUUCUUCUAAGAAACCUGGUACCAAGCGCAGUCGAGUGUCCUUCUCCUCCAAGCCCCUCUCUCCCUCGGCCUCCCUCCACAACCCGAUGGCUGUCGUAAACUACUACGUUACUGUAGAACGUGAGGCUGAGCUGGCUAGGAACAGAGUGGUCACGCCCCCUCCACCACCCCCUCCCCUUGUCCCAACAGAUGAGCUACCACAUAACACUGUCGUGGCUCUGCCCAGCAUCAACAGACAUGGCGGCCUGAUUCGACUGGGUGAGACACACUGUAGCUGCUGCCAUCCUGAUAGAGAGACCUCCCUGGCCCUCCUGGGUCGACAUCCUCUUCAUUACAACUACCCUCAUCCACCAAGAAACGACAUGUGGAAGCAAUUCACGGGCUCUCUGACACUCGCCCUAACCCCAAACAAUGUAAACCCAUUUCUCAGCGAAGAGGAGAGAGCAGCCGAAAAAGAAAUGGAGGAGUCAAAGAAAGCACGACGACUGUCUAUAGGCUCAAUGGUCAAAUAUUUUGUACCAGAGAUGUCUUAUGUCAAGCCAGACUCUUAGUAUAAUUAUAUACAUGUAGUUUUUUAGCUGUUUUUUUAUCCCAUCAGAUUCAACAAUAUCAAAGAUGCUUGUAAUUGGUGCAAACCGCGGCUUAUAUAUCAAAAUAUUUUGUCAAAUAUUUUGUACCAGAGAUGUCUUAUGUCAACCCAGA